AUGCAGGAUAUAAUGAUCGCCGAAACAAUGAGUGCCUUGAGUCCUGAUCCGGGGCUGCGCGGCAGAUCUGACCCUCCACGGGUUUUUGAGAUAUGUGCGCAUACUCCUGAUCUGACGGAUCUGAUAAUCUCUAUUGUGAAUACCUUACAAGGUGGGAGCAGCUCUCUCAACUGUACCUGUGAAGUAUGCGAUACGGAUGCCGUGGUUGAAAUCGUUCCUUUCGACUCCAAGGUAGCCCUCAUCAUUACAAGGUGGGUCAACCUGGGUCUUGGCUUGACACAAAAUGAUAUUUUGUGGAGAAACCACGUCUAUUCGUCACCUGGAUAUAAGAGCCCGCUGCCGGAUCACCUUGUUACGAACCCCCGUUUUUGCUUUGAAGAUAAGGCAUCUGAAUCGUUUGAGGAGCUGCGGUCUCGAAAUCUCUCCUAUCUCAGAGACGAUCGAUAUAAAUUGGUAAUGUCAUCUGCCUCGAAAGCAUAUCGUGCAUCAGAUGGAACAACGCAAUGGGCACCUGCGACAUGGUUUAUGCGGGACAAAGAGCAGCCUCCGAAGAAGAGAGGUAGAUUUAUGCAAUAUUUGCUGGACCGCCUUGUCCAUGAAUAG